AUGGCUUCAGAAUCCCAAUCCUCAACUCCAAGCAUUCCCAUUCGGUCAGAAUCAGAGCUCAAGACACUGCAUGAAGAGUGGCUGAUAAAGCAGAACAAGUCCUACAAAUCAGAAGCAGAGAAGGAAGAAAGGUUCAAAAUUUUCAAAGAUAAUCUCAAGUAUAUAGACGAGCACAACGCUGGUAAUCACUCCUACAAACUGGGUCUCAAUGUCUUUUCGGAUCUCACUCAUGAAGAGUAUAGAUCCACCUUUUUAGGAUUCAAACCUCCACCUGAAGUGGAUAACCAGAGACAGAGUGAUCACUCUGUUGGAGGUGGAGAUGAAGAUGGAGAGGGAGAUCAGCUGCCUCCCAAAGUUGGGUUGGCGAACCAAUAA